AUGCUUGCAGGAGCAUGUGAAGGCUCGCUUGCAUGUUCAACUUGCCAUGUUAUAGUCAUGGACGUAGAACAAUACAAUAAAUUGGAAGAUCCAACUGAUGAGGAAAAUGACAUGUUGGACCUAGCUUUUGGGCCUUUUGAAACAUCAUGCCUGGGUUGUCAAGUGAUCGCUGGACCUGAACCUGAUGGAAUUCGUUUAGCUAUUCCUGCUGCCACUCAAUUAGCUAUAUUGAUAUUGAUUCCUCUCCCACAUCGCCAUCAUGAUUUAACUCCUGUUUUUAAUUUUCAAUUGUUUAACCUGCAUCUAUGUAGAAAAGUUAAGUUUGCAAUGGAUCAAUGUGGUCAAUAG